GCCAGCCCAGACAGCGAGAGGGUGUCUGUUCAUUGACUGUCCCGGACAGAUUGUGCGCGAUGUGCUCAGUUGUUUUUUUGUUUUUUUUUUCAUCCUGCUGGCAUUUGGAUGCUGUGACAUGGGCUGAACAGUACGCUGUUCGAUCUCCUACAGGGAUGGACCUGCAUGCCAAAGUCUGGGGAAUAUUUCAACGCAAGGUUUGAUCUCUGGUUUUCGUACCACUCUUUUUUUUUUCUUCAAUUUCUUUUCUUUUCUUCAUUUAUUGUCGUUUUUUAGUAAAACUACAACCGGUGAUGGCUUGGCCGUGCAUCAGUAGAGUCUGCUGUUUGGCUCGGUUCUGGAACCAAUUUGACAAAUCCGAUCUCUCGGUUCCGCUCACCAUCCAAAACUAUUCCGACAUCGCGGAGCAGGAGGUGCGAUCCGUCACCAAACAAGUGCCCACGGACCGAAUCCACAGGAGCAGCAGCUCCCUCACCCCGGACCACCGUGGUGGACCCCCCCUGGCACUCAUCGAUGACAUCGGGACCACUCGGGAGUCGUUCAGGGGUCGCCGUGAGCUCGGUUACAAGCCCCGGGAGGACUACCAUCCACCCGUCGUGCCUUUUCCCACUGUUACGCAAUACACGCAGGAUUUCAAACCCUGGCCUAUUCCCAGAAAGGACAAUUUCCCUUGGAUUAGUAACGGAGGCAACAGGUCAGCCACUGUGGCGGACAGUCCAGUAAACAGUCACCCCAGUCACAAUGCCGCCGGCAGUCAGCCUGCACAGGGGCGUAGGGACGAGGGGGGAAGGGGCCAAAAGUUGGCGGAACCGCAAAACGCAGCAAGUGCCAGUACCAGUUCAUACAGACAAGAGUACAGAGAGUGGUCAGGGGCCAAACCAGCCAAGAGCACCAGGAGGAGCCAGUCCUCUCCCUACGUGGGCUCCCAGGGCCAGGCGGGCCAGCUGACUCCUGAGACCAGCUACCAGGCUGCCUUCAGCGGGGAGAGCCACCGGCCCACCCCCUCCGUCCCCACCACCACCACCACCAGCGUCCCCGCUGCACCGCCUGGCUCUGUGAUGCAGCCCUGCACACCGACCCUGACCCCUCUCCUCCAGAGCGGGCGUACUGGAUCAGCCGCCCCCCCCGGCCUCAGGCAGAACCAACUCUCCGAGAGGAACGACCUCAGCACAGAGGACAACCUCGUGAGGACUAAGCCGUCUCCAAACCCCUCCGCUCUUUCUCAUAGUGGCUCCCGAGUCUUCAACAUCUGACCGACAUAAAAACACCACAGAAAACAACGAGCACCAGCCAAUCCGCUCCGGCCGGCUGAGAUCCCCCGCACCAACAAGGAAGAAUUGUCCUCCGUUCAUUCCACACACCAUUAUUAAUCUAUGCAAGGGGGACUGUAGGCUGGGACUGUAUAGUGUGAG